AUGUCUCUUGCAACGCUCCUCCUGGAUCAUGAGGAAGACUCCAAAAUGGAGGUGGUCCAUUCAUCCCUGCGCCGCCAAGUCAUAAGUAGGUCGAUAACCGCGCAGCAUGCUGAAGCUGUUCUUCCGUUGGAGGAUUCGCCCCCGCACACGACGCGGAUGGUGCCACCUGACGAGGUUUUCGCUAACGAAGCCCUGUUUUCCGGCUACUUGUUGGUCGUUCUCUCGGAUAGCUUUUCCGGCUGUCUCAGAAGCCAAAACAGUGAUGUAGUCCAUUGUCGAAGCAGUGCAGAGGAUUUAUCUACAAAUAGUGGUAUAAACGGCCAAAUAAUUCUCCGAGAAUUCCUGGAGAAUUCCUGGAGAAUUCCUGGAGAAUUCCUGGAGAAUUCCUGGAGAAUUCCUGGAGAAUUCCUGGAGAAUUCCUGGAGAAUUCCUGGAGAAUUCCUGGAGAAUUCCUGGAGAAUUCCUGGAGAAUUCCUGGAGAAUUCCUGGAGAAUUCCUGGAGAAUUCCUCCGCCAAUGUUCCCAAUAUUCCUGGGGCAUUGGCCAGCCAAUGGCUGGUUAA